GUGUGCCAGCCCUCCGGAGGCGUCCUGAGAUGCAUCACCAAAGACCCGUGCGACGGUGUGACAUGCCGGCCACAGGAGACGUGCAAGGAGCAGGGUGGCCAGGGCGUGUGCGUGCCCAACUAUGAGGCUACGUGCUGGAUGUGGGGCGACCCACACUACCACUCCUUCGACGGCCGGGCGUUUGACUUCCAGGGCACCUGUAACUAUGUGCUGGCAACAACUGGCUGCCCGGGGGUCAACACCCAGGGCCUGACGCCCUUCACCGUCACCACCAAGAACGAGAACCGGGGCAACCCUGCUGUGUCCUACGUGAGAGUCGUCACUGUGGCUGCCCUGGGCACCAACAUCUCCAUCCACAAGGGCGAGAUCGGCAAAGUCCGGGUGAACGGUGUGCUGACAGCGUUGCCUGUCUACGAGGCCAACGGGCGGAUUUCAGUGACCCACGGUGCAUCCAAGGCACUGCUGGUGGCUGACUUUGGACUGCAAGUCAGCUAUGACUGGAAUUGGCGGGUAGAUGUGACGCUGCCCAGCAGCUAUCAUGGCGCAGUGUGCGGGCUCUGUGGUAACAUGGACCGCAACCCCAGCAAUGACCAGGCCUUCCCUAAUGGCACCCUGGCUCCCUCCAUACCCAUCUGGGGCGGCAGCUGGCGAGUCCCAGGCUGGGACCCACUGUGUUGGGACGUAUGUCCGGGGUCCUGCCCAACGUGCCCUGAGGACAAGUUGGAACAGUACGAGGGCCCUGGCUUUUGCGGACCCCUGGUCCCUGGUGCAGGGGGCCCCUUCGCCACCUGCCACGCUCAUGUGCCACCUGAGAGCUUCUUCAAGGGCUGUGUUCUGGACGUCUGCAUGGGUGGUGGGGGCCACGACAUUCUUUGCAAGGCGCUGGCUUCCUACGUGGCCGCAUGCCAGGCCGCUGGGGUUGUCAUCGAAGACUGGCGGCCACAGGUCGGCUGUGAGAUCACCUGCCCAGAAAACAGCCACUAUGAGGUCUGCGGCCCACCCUGCCCGGCCAGCUGUCCGUCCCCUGCGCCCCCUGCAACCCCAGCCGUAUGCGAGGGUCCCUGUGUGGAGGGCUGCCAGUGCGACGCGGGUUUCGUGCUAAGUGUUGACCGCUGUGUUCCCCUAAACAACGGCUGCGGCUGCUGGGCCAACGGCACCUACCACGAGGCGGGCAGUGAGUUUUGGGCUGAUGGCACCUGCUCCCACAGGUGCCGCUGCGGGCCUGGGGGUGGCUCGCUGGUCUGCACACCUGCCAGCUGUGGGCUGGGUGAAGUGUGUGGCCUCCUGCCAUCCGGCCAGCACGGCUGCCAGCCCGUCAGCACAGCUGAGUGCCAGGCCUGGGGUGACCCCCAUUACGUCACUCUGGAUGGGCACCGAUUCGACUUCCAAGGCAACUGCGAGUACCUGCUGAGUGCACCCUGCCACGGACCACCCUCCGGGGCUGCGAACUUCACUGUUACUGUAGCCAAUGAGCACCGGGGCAGCCAGGCUGUCAGCUACACCCGCAGUGUCACCCUGCAAAUCUACAACCAUAGCCUGACACUGAGUGCCCGCUGGCCCCGGCAGCUACAGGUGGACGGCGUGUUUGUGGCUCUGCCCUUCCAGCUGGAUUCGCUGCUGCACGCACACCUGAGCGGCGCCGACGUGGUGGUGACCACAACCUCAGGGCUCUCGCUGACUUUCGAUGGGGACAGCUUUGUGCGCCUGCGGGUGCCGGCGGCGUACGCGGGCGCUCUCUGUGGCUUAUGCGGGAACUACAACCAGGACCCCGCCGACGACCUGAAGGCUGUGGACGGGAAGCCUGCUGGAUGGCAGGUGGGCGGCGCUCCGGGCUGCGGAGAAUGUGUGCCCCUGCCCUGCCCGUCGCAGUGCACCCCAGAGCAGCAGGAGUCCUUCGCUGGCCCGAACGCCUGCGGCGUGAUCUCCGCCACCGACGGCCCGCUGGCGCCCUGCCACGGCCUCGUGCCGCCCGCGCAGUACUUCCAGGGCUGCUUGCUGGACGCCUGCCAAGUUCAGGGCCAUCCUGGAGGCCUCUGUCCUGCAGUGGCCGCCUACGUGGCAGCUUGUCAGGCCGCUGGGGCCCAGCUCGGCGAGUGGAGGCGGCCGGACUUCUGUCCCUUCCAGUGCCCUGCCAACAGUCACUACAAGCUCUGUGGUGACUCCUGCCCUGUGAGCUGCCCGAGCGUCUCGGCCCCCGAGGGCUGUGAGUCGGCCUGCCGUGAAGGCUGUGUCUGCGAUGCUGGAUUCGUGCUCAGUGGUGACACCUGUGUACCUGUGGGCCAGUGUGGCUGCCUCCAUGAUGACCGCUACUACCCGCUGGGCCAGACCUUCUACCCUGGCCCUGGGUGUGAUUCCCUUUGCCACUGCCAGGAGGGCGGCCUGGUGUCCUGUCAACCCUCCAGCUGCGGCCCGCACGAGGCCUGCCAGCCAUCCGGUGGCACCUUGGGUUGUGUGGCCGUGGGCUCUGCCACCUGCCAGGCGUCGGGAGACCCCCACUACACCACCUUCGAUGGCCGCCGCUUCGACUUCAUGGGCACCUGCGUGUAUGUGCUGGCUCAGACCUGCGGCACCCGGCCUGGCCUGCAUCAGUUUGCCGUCCUGCAGGAGAACGUGGCCUGGGGUAAUGGGCGAGUCAGUGUGACCAGGGUGAUCACGGUCCAGGUGGGAAACUUCACCCUGCGGCUGGAGCAGAGACAGUGGAAGGUCACGGUGAACGGUGUGGACAUGAAGCUGCCCGUGGUGCUGGCCAACGGCCAGAUCCGAGCCUUUCAGCAUGGUUCAGACGUUGUGAUUGAGACCGACUUCGGCCUGCGUGUGGCCUACGACCUUGUGUACUAUGUGCGGGUCACCAUCCCCGGAAACUACUACCAGCUGAUGUGCGGCCUGUGUGGGAACUACAACGGCGACCCCAAGGAUGACUUCCAGAAGCCCAACGGCUCACAGGCAGGCAACGCCAAUGACUUUGGCAACUCCUGGGAGGAGGCGGUGCCUGGCUCUCCCUGCCUGCCGCCACCCACCUGCCUGCCAGGGAGCGAGGGCUGUGACAUCAGCAAGUGUCCUCCUGAGCAGGAGAAGAAGUAUCAGAAGGAGGAGUUCUGUGGGCUCCUCUCCAGCGCCACAGGGCCGCUGGCCUCCUGCCACAAGCUAGUAGAUCCCCAGGGUCCCUUGCAAGAUUGCGUCUUUGAUCUCUGCCUGGGUGGUGGGAACCUGAGCAUUCUCUGCAGCAACAUCCAUGCCUAUGUGAGUGCUUGCCAGGCGGCUGGAGGCCACGUGAAGCCCUGGAGGACGGAAACUUUCUGUCCCAUAAAGUGCCCAGCGAACAGCCACUACGAGCUCUGCGCGGACACCUGCUCCCUGGGCUGCGCGGCUCUCAGUGCCCCUCUGCAGUGCCCAGAUGGGUGUGCUGAAGGCUGCCAGUGUGACGCCGGCUUCCUCUACAACGGUGAAGCCUGCGUGCCCAUCCAGCAAUGCGGCUGCUACCACAAUGGUGUCUACUAUGAGGUAGGAACCUAGUCAUCUGGGACAGAAUAUGGGGCCUCACCCCUCCCACUCCUCAUCAGCCCCACAGUCUACUUGGCCUACUUGGUCUCUUAUUUAUUCUUUUAGAGUCAGGGUCUUACUCUGUCACCCAGGCUGGAGUGCAGUGGUACAGUCAUAGCUCACUGCAGCCCCGAGUUCCUUGGCUCAAGUAAUCCUUCACCUCAUCUCCCAAGUAUUUGGGACUACAGGCGUGUACCACCAAGCCCAGCGAGUUAAUUUUCUUGUGGAGACAUAGACAUGGGGGCGUCUCACUGUGUUGCUCAGGCUGGUCUUGAACUCCAGGCCUCAAG